AUGCCUUAUUCAUCGACAGAUGAGGUGACGAUAGAGAAGAGUCCGGCGUAUUUCAUAACAGAGUCAGUGCCCCAACGCAUCCACACAAUGAAUGCGUCGACAAAACUGAUUGUGAUUGUGAGGGAUCCGGUCACUCGUCUCAUCUCAGAUUACGCCCAAUUGGCCGCCAAUAAGGCUAAGAAAGACCGACAAAUGGCUUCAUUCGAGGACUUAAUUCUAUUAAAUGGCAGAAAGAUUAACACCAGUUAUAAAGCGGUUCGCAUUGGCAUAUAUGCCAUAUAUUACUCGCGUUGGACCCAGGUGUUUCCUAAAAGUCAGGUGCAUGUGGUCGAUGGCGACCGUCUGGUGUAUGAUCCCUAUCCUGAAGUUCAAAAAGUGGAACAGUUUUUAGGGUUAAGUCAUCGAAUAAGUCGCGAAAACUUCUCGUAUAACUCAACGAAAGGAUUCUUUUGCGUCCGACUGAACGGCACUUCAGAUAAAUGUCUGAACGAAAGUAAAGGUCGAAGACAUCCGCAAAUCGAUCCGCAAGUCAUUCAGAUAUUGAGACGAUUUUACGCGACACACAAUCGACUCUUCUAUCGUUUGGUGGGUAAGGACUUCGGUUGGCCUGAGUUCUGA